AGCUCGUAGUGUAAAUAUAUAUAGAUAUGGCGCCAGCGUCCCGCGCUUUCAUGUGCUUUUGAAGAUCCCAGAGCUCGUCCAUCAUCUGCAUUGCCGUGGGCUUCAGUUCAAGAUGGCUGAUUUCUCGAGGCCAAUUGCCAGCACGCUGGGUCAAUUUGACCUCACGUCAUGGCAGGGUGUCGGUCGCCUUAUGCUGGCCAUCAUUGUUUUCUUCGUUAUACGCCUAGUGUACACUGCGGUGUACAACCUUUACUUUCACCCACUUCGCCAUAUUCCAGGACCACCGCUAUGGAUCGCUAUCAAUGGAUUAAGAUCGUUGUACAAGAUGCGCGGAUGUCUAGAGUUCAAAUAUGUCGAGUUCCACGAGAAAUACGGCGAGGUGGUACGAGUUAAUGCCGACGAGGUGGCCUUCAUCCGCCCCGAGGCCUGGAAGGAUAUCUACGGCCACGGCCAUGCCGAGUUUCCCAAGCAUUUCCCCGGCCUCAAAAUGGAUACGAAGAAGAUUGUCUUCGCUAGCUCUAAAGACCACUUUCGGUAUCGGCGGGCUAUGUUGCCGGCCUUCUCCGACAAGGCUUUGCGCAUGCAAGAGCCUCUUAUCAGCGUCUACGUCAAUCUUCUCAUAAAGAGACUGCGAGAGAAGUCGGAACUCAGAGAGCCUGUCGACAUGGUAAGAUGGUAUAACUUCACAACUUUCGACUUGAUUGCGGACCUUGCCUAUGGAACCUCAUUGCAAGGAUUGGAGAAAGGAAAGAGUAACGCGUGGCUGGACAACAUCGGAAACCUCAUCAAGCUGUUGCCCAUCUUGGCCUUCACCGGCAUGUUCCCGCUCGUAGGCAGUGCACUCAAGUUCCUCGCGGGACCUCAGAUUCGUAAUGCCGAGAAGAAGCACGCCGACUUCACGUAUAAGAUGACAAUUGAUCGUAUCUAUAACAAGGCACAGCCCGAUCGUGGUGAUUUCAUGGAUUUCAUGCUGCGAUCUCGAGGAGAGGACCACGAAAUGAAAGAUGACGAGCUCGCUAGCAACGCUGACCUGAUCAUGCUUGCCGGCUCGGAGACUACGGCGACACUGUUGAGCGGUGUUACCUACUGGCUGCUGAGGACACCUCAUGCCCUCAAGAGGGUUGUUGAGGAAGUCCGCGAAACCUUCAACGCCGACGAGGAAAUUACAUUUGACGACACUCGAACGAAACUUCCUUAUAUGGCUGCCUGUCUCCAAGAAGGCCUGCGCAUCUUCCCUCCUCUUCCUUUGGGUAUGUUGCGUUGUGUCCCUGAAGGGCCGCCGGUCCAAAUCGCGGGCGUCACUAUUCCCGGAAAGACACAAGUUAGCGUGCCCCAGUUCGCAGCUUACCACUCUGACCUUAACUUUCAUCGACCAAACGAGUUCCUUCCUGAGAGGUGGCUUCCCGAAGCUAUGUCGGACCCCAGCUCUCCCUUCUAUAAUGAUAGACGCGAAGUCCAUAGGCCGUUUAGUGUCGGGCGACGAGACUGCAUCGGUCAAAACCUGGCAAUGCACGAAAUGCGAUCCAUCCUGGCCAAGGUCCUCUGGAACUUCGACUUGACGCUUGACCAGAGCGCCGAUGGCUGGCACAACCAGAAGAUCCUGGCACUAUGGGUCAAGCCACCUCUACAAGUGCACAUCAAGCAACGAGCGAAGUGAGCCGUGUAUGAAUUCAGUAUAGAGUCUUUCCAAUGAUGGCCUAGGCGUUGGAGGGGUAUAGAGAUGACAUGGUAGAAUCUUGUACAAUUGCUAUAGAAUGGGUAUACGCAUGGUAUUUCUUCGAAAGGGCUAUUAAACUCCAAACCGACCGCAAUUUCGUGUUUGUAACGAAUACUACGAUAGCUCCUUGGCCUCUGCACUGGGGUAACUAUCCUCACAGGUUCGCGUGGACAAUCUAAAUGGAAAAAAAGAGAAAAUAUCGCUGGAAGUUC